AUGCCUCGUCAAAACUUGUCUCCACGGACUUCUCCCUUGAUUCCGACAAACUCCAACGAAGACCUGGCCACACCGUCACGUCACGCUAAUAUCAACUCCGUACAGAGCUUAGAGAUUGCUAAACUAGAGAAAAGGGUCAAGGAGCUCCAAGCCAACGAGGCUGGCCUGAAAUGGGGCCGUGAUCAGCUCUUUCAAGAACUCAAAAUCUGUAAGAGUGAUCUCGCCAAGGAAAAGCAAGAAGCACGUAGAUUCGCCGGUAAACUGAGCAAGGAAUGCCGGAAUGUCAAAGCUCUUGGUGAAGAGUUGGUCACCUUGCGACAAGAUGCUGAGCGGAAGGCGCGCGAAAUCGACAUAAAGCUGGAUCGUGAAAAGAAGAAGCAAAUCAAGGAGCAAAAGGACACUCAGAAGGCUGUCGCGGACUUACAAUCUCAACUAAACGUCAAACUGUCUAAGACCGAGGAGCUAGAAGGUCAAUCGCAGGUGAAGAAGCUUGACACUAUUCAGGCCGGGGUCGACGCCACCCGAAAUACUGUUCAUCGCCCACCAUCAAGUUCUCUUGCUUGUGAGCUCUACACCGAUGAGCCAAGCCCCGUCCGAACUACACUUCUCCCUCAACUUCAUGACACUAUCAAAUAUCUUCAAAAGGAAAAUGUCCGCUUUCAGAAUAUGCAUCAUGAGGAUGGGUGUGAAGAGUACCAGAGUCGCAUCUUCCAGCAAAUGGGAGACGCUAAAGAUCUACAGGCUGCUGCCGAAGCAGAAACGGAAGGUCUGCGCCAUCUUGCAAAAGCUAAUGCUGAUCUCAUGGAUGGUCAUGUCAUUGAUGUGAAAUGUAUCAAGGAACUGAUCCAGGAGAAGGAUCAUUACCGUAUUAAAGCUAAGGAACAUGUGCAGACUUCCGGCGAGUUGCGUAUAGAACAGCACCUUGCUUCUGGACUGGCCGAAGAAAGCGGUGCCGCUAGUUUGUCCCCCCAGCCGUUGGGCUUCUCUCCCCUGGCGUAUAUCUACACAGCUCCUAUCGCUCCCGAAGUCAACAAAGCGGAGACUUUUGAGUACAUGCAACUUUUACGCACCGCAGAGCUGGAGGUCGAAUUGCUGACUUCACGGAAAGACAGCCUCUUGUUUGAGCAUGCCCAGAUGAAGACUCAGGAGCAACCCUCGAAAUCCUCCCUCGAAUUUUCAGCAAUCGUUUGUUUGGAGUCAGAGCCCCAACUAGCUUCAUCAAGCAAGAGUUCGCUGACUUUCUCUGGUCUGCAAGCCAUAUCGACAAUACCGCGGACACCCAUUCAUGAACUCACUCCAUCAACCAAUCCUGCCUUGCUGUCUCACCUCGAAGACCUCGGUCAGUCCAUCAUGGGUCUAAGUACUGCCCCACCUAUCAAACUGCAGCCCACAUCCCUUCUCCCCCACGUGGCCUUGGUAACCAAUAUCCAACCUACCGAAAAGCGCAACUACUCUUUACUGCAACGUGUUCAGAGCGCGAUCUCUGUGACGUCGUCUCUCGAUAUCCACGGCCCCAAAGAGGUUGUCAAGCAAUUUGUAGCUAGUAUGCAUGACGUUGAGACGGAUCAUGCGGAGAAGAGCAAACUCGUUUACCAGCUGGAGAAGGCCUCCAAGCAGCAUCGCGCAGAUAUAGAGGCUCUGGAAACGCAGCUUCGGGAUAAGACAAAAUGCUCAAAUCCUACACAUCGCAUACUGGCCGAGGAGCUUGAGGCUAAGAACGUACAAUUCGCUAUGCAGGAGCGGCUUUUGGCCGAUUGGGGUAAACGGAACCUCUAA